UCCAAGACUAACUCUGAGAGAUGGGAAAUGCUAUAUCUCCUUAUUGUUGUCAACUAAGUUCAAGUUCGAUAGUGAAGCUCAUAUUUUAUGGAGGCAAAACAAGGGUUGUCUCAGCUGGAAAGGCUUCAGCGGGAAAGAUUAUGUUCGAGUUCCCAGAUCAUAUGGUUUGUCAUGCAGAUUCAUUCUUCAUAGGUCAUCCAAUUCCAGUACUAGACAUAGAUGAUGAACUUAUCGCAGGGGAAACCUACUUUGUUCUCCCUCUUGAUUGCUUCACAAAUAAUGUCCUCUCAGCUUCUUCUUUGGCAACCCUGAGAAGAUCUAUCUCAUCUGGUUCGAAACCAGCUGCUGUAAAUUUCAAGGAAUGCCCAUUUGAACAUGUGAAGGGUACAAAUGGAAGGGUUUUGAUCAAGGUCAGGCCAGAAUUCAUAAUUAAGCUUCUAACAAGAGAUCAAGAAACAGGUGAUGAAGAUAGCAGAUCUCUUAGUCCUAGUCAUGGCUUCCUUUGUAGUACACCGGAGUUGAAGAAACACUAUGAUCAAAUGGUAGGGUCUAAAGACAAUGCUUGGUCGCCGAAACUUGAGACCAUCACUGAGUACAAAAUUAGGUAUUCGCCCUGUAGGUUUAUAGGUUUUGAAAGAAAACAAGGAGAGGCCGAAUGUUGAUGCAAUGCAAAUAUGUGACUUUUUGGAAGUCUUUUGUUUGUUUGUUGUAAUCAUCCAUCAAGUUAUGCUUGAAAUGUACAGAAUCUUCAGAAUGGCAUUGUUUUAGGGUAGGUAAACAAUAGUUGUAGUCUUGAAAUUUGGAAACUGCUUAUUUUUAGGUAAA